CAAUCCAUACAUACACACAUUAGGUAGUACCACUACCCCCAUCCAUAAUCAAGAAAAGAAAAAAAAAAAGAGCCAUGACAUCCCACUCCAAUACUCCCCAAUGGCUCAUCUACGCCCUCUCCUCGGGCUUCUGCGCCGCCCUCAACGGGGUAUUUGCCAAACUCACCACGACGCAAUUGACGAGUACCUGGGCGACAGCCAUUUCCACCGCUCUAGGAGGAGGAGGCGAAGAAGAAGGAGGGAAAUUCGUGAUUAUUGUGGAAGGAUUAGUGAGAGGGUUCUUCUUCCUCCUCAACCUCCUCUUCAACGCCAUCAUGUGGGGUUUAUUCACCAAUGCACUCCGUCUGGCAUCCAGUACCGUCCGAGUGAGUGUGAUGAAUACGAGUGCGAAUUUCAUGAUGACGGCGAUUUUGGGCUGGGUGAUUUUUCGGGAGAGUUUACCUGGUCUAUGGUGGCUCGGCGCAGCCAUGCUCGUCACGGGAUCGGUGAUUAUCGGAACGAGAGAUGACGGAGACAAGAGCAGUGGGAAUGGAAAUAAGAAGAAUGAUGACAAUUCUACUCCUCUGGUAGCAGCAGGGGAGGAUGUGGAUUUGGAUUCCUAUACGGAUGAACCUGAUGCUCCGGUGGCCAGUCGUGUGGGGAAUACAUCUCAAGUACCUGAAGCAGCCGAUGAUGAUGAUGAUGAUGAUGAUAGCGAUGAUAGUGAGUUUGAAGGGAAGACGAGGGGUAAAUAGGUAACGGGGAGACAACAAAGACGACGAC